AUGGCUCCUCUUACUCCCCACUGGCAGCAGCCUUCCCACCCCGACAUUCAAGACGUCGUCAUCGUCAACGAGGCCGAAUUCACCACCAAGAGCCUCUCGCGCGUCGCCCUCGCACCUUUUGCCCUCUUUGCGCGCUUCGACUUUCCGCCGUGCACCGAGGCCCCGGAGCCCACGUAUGCCACGGUGCAGAUGGGACGCAAUAGACAUCUCAACCUCAACAGUGACUUGCUGUACAUUAACCACUCUUGUGAACCGUCUCUUGGGGACGAGCUCACACUCAAGAAGACCUCGGGUAUUCCCCGAUGCGAAGUAGAAAUUAUCAUUGCUGGACCCAAGGGCCUCCAACCUGGCGAUGAACUCACUUUCUUCUAUCCCUCUACAGAAUGGGAAAUGGCCCAGCCCUUCCAGUGCCUCUGCGGCACGCCCACCUGCCGGGGCACCAUUGACGGCGCCAAGAAGAUGACGCGCGCCCAGCUCGACGGCCUCUGGCUCUCCAAGCACAUCCGCGAGCUCCGCGCCGAGCAAGAAUCCGCCGGCUCCCCUUCGCCCGCCUCUGUCUCCUCCGACCCGACGACCUCUGCGCUUCAGAAUGCCCUUGACCAGGCGGAAAAGGUCGUCGAGGCCGCUCGCGCCGCGCUCCUCUCCUACACGAGCAGCAGCAGCAGCAACGGCGCCAGCACGUUCCUCAGCAACAGCGCCGACAAUGCCACCAAGGGCAACGGCAUCGGCCGCCGCGGCCUGACCUCGCGGGAGCUGAGCGGCGAGAUGGGUGGCGACACGGCGAUUCGUGCGUAA